AUGCUGAAGGAGCUGAAGGAGCUAUUGGAGUCUGCCUUCGAGCUGCGUGAGAUCUCGCCGGUGCAGAAGUACCUCGGGCUGGAGAUCGUCCGCGACAGGUCGGCGGGGAAGCUGUGGCUGCACCAGCAGGGCUACGCCGACAAGCUGCGUAGGCGCUUCCUCGACCAGGAACAUACCGGGCGCACCAACAAGACGCCCGUUUCGGUCGACGCCUACGCCGAGCUCACCUUCGACGACGAGGAGGCGCAGGAGCGCCAGGAGGAGGAGUACCGGCAGAAGCACUGGCGCGAGGUCGACCGCUGCCUCGCGUACCUCGCCAACACGCGUGACACCGCCCUAGAGUUCGGCGGUGGACCUGAGUCACUGCAGCUGGUCGGCUACGUGGACGCCGACGAUGCCGGCGACAAGCAGAGCCGGACGAGCACGGGCGGCUACGUGUUCGUCUACGGAGGGGCCGCGGUCUCCUGGUCGAGCCAGCGCAUCAAGUGCGCGACGCUGUCGUCGACCGAGUCUGAGUACGUGGCGGCCGUCGAAGCCGGCAAGGAGGGACGCCGACUUCGCUUCGUCCUGGGAGAGUUCCGGCAGCUGGAUGCCGGGAAGCCGACUGUUCUCUGGGUGGACAACAAGUCGGCCAUCACAGUCGCCGAAGGCAUGGGGUUGACGGGCAACCUCAAGCACAUGGAGCGACGACAGGCCUGGCUGCAGCACAUGGUGAAGCGGGGGAAGUUUUCGCUGCAGUACAUCCCGACCGCUGAGCAGCCGGCCGACUUCCUGACGAAGGCGCUGCACUAUCCGGCCUUCAACCGGUGCUCCGUCGCCAUCGGCCAGGUGCGCUUGGCCGACGUGGGCGACGAAGUUGACGAAGUGCAGCAGUAG